UUAAUUUGAAUGUUAAAGAACUAACUUUGAGAAUAAUAAUAAGUGGUCUUCAUUGGGUCUUAGAUAUUAUGAAUAUGUGUUUAGUGCUCCUAAGUAAUGAAAACUAUGAUGAGAUUUCUAAGAUUUUAUCCUGUUCAGCUCUCAGAAAUCUCUGGCCAUCACUAUUGAUUCAUUUUCUCCAUAAUUUACCUCAUAUUCAAAUUAGCAUUGAAGAAGAAAUAUGUGAAAAAAGUAUUAAUAUUUGUGAAUCAAUACAUUUUAUAUUGAACAAGUGUUCCUAUAUCCGAUAUGAAUAUAACGAACCAAUACUUAUAAAUCUUAAUGCAUACUUGAACUGUCAAUUAACUAUAGUUAAAUGGAUUUUAAAACAUAGAAAGAAGAAUGCACCUACCGUUGUUGAUCAAAAUUUAUCCGUGAAACAUAUUUUAAGUGGAUUACAAAAUACUUGCACACUCACAGUACUAAAAAAAAGUAUUAACAUUCAUGAAUGUGACUUUAUGGAAAUAGAGAGACUAUUAAAAGAUAAAGAACAAACUAUGACAGUUUUUAAGUCAUAUCAAAUCAUGCAAACUACUUUAAAAGCUAUAUUAAUGCAUGAACUUUACAAUGCACAUACAAAAGAAAUUACUGAAAAUCUCUAUUCAGAGAUAGAAUCUUUAUUGAAUGUUAUAAGUCCAUUGGAUUUACGGUUAGAAGUAAUUGAAAACAUAUUCUCCAUGUUAUUUCUGCGUUAUAAUGCACAUUUUGAUGUUACGGAAGGUACAUCAGAGGAAGAAGAUUAUGAUACUGCACUAACGGAGAAGGAAAGUCAAAGCUUAGCUUAUGAAAGCAGAGAAUCAGAGAAAUAUAGACAUGGCUUUAUCUGUAAUAAAUAUUCUGUGAAUCAAUUUUUAUAUCAUUUGAAACGAUGCACUGUUCAAAUUAGUAUUGACUUUGCCAAACUAAGACAAGAAAGCAGAAUCACAAAAGAUUUAGAAGACUUGCAAAAGAGUAUUUUUAACGUAGAUAAAGCUAUUACAGAUGCUUUAUGGCGUAUAGAGCUUUUAACAAGCCUAGAAUUUAUUGAAAAUAAGGAUAAUGUAGAGGAUUCUUUUAUCACUAUAAAUGAUUUAGUUAAGACUUUAGAUGAAAAACAUGGCUUUAACUUUCGUUUAAAAAACAAAUCUAUUUUUUAUAAUGAGCCAACUGGGAGCUCAUCUGAAGAAAGUAAAUUUGAUAAAAAAUCAGAUAUUGAUCUAUCUUCAGACACAGGUUCGAUAGAUACUAAUCUGAAUGCAAACAAAUUCAGAAGAAAAGCUAAGAAUAAUGCACCAACUGUGGAGUUAGUGGGUGUCGUAAUGAAACACAGUAACUCCAAGUUAAUUAUCAACUUAAUGUUAGCAUCUAAAGAAAGCUUAGUUAUUCAGUGUUUAUGGAAAGGCAAUUACAUAAAAGCUCAAGAAGUUAUUGAGAUGUUUAAUAUGAGAAAUACGUAUUUAGAUGGUCAAGUUCGAUUUUCACAAGCAAUGCAAAAUUUUCGGCAAGAAAUGAUGAAACAAAUUCAUGCAUCAGACACUUUGGAUUAUCCUAUAAAAACUAAAGAAUUUCAGAUGUUGGAGAAUGUUCGUCGAGCAGCACAAGGUGGUUACUGGAGCUCUCGAAUGACUAAUCAGCUAGAGACAUUCGUAGCCUCUCAAGAGUCGAACGCUCGGCUUCUUUGCUCUAACGCAAACGGUGCCCGUGAAAUCCUUGCGCUCUGCGUGCUUGAUCUUGCUUUAACGACGAAUCAGAACCAUCAACCCACCGCUAAUCUACUCGAUGUAGCUGUGAAGUAUUUGAAACUGUCACUUAUGCACGAAGGUAAUUUAAGAAAAUCUGUACCGAAAGCACUAUGCGAUGCCAGAAUAUUAUUAAACAUUCAGGACUGGAAAGAGAAAACUGACUUUUGGAGAAAACUUAUUGACAAAAUUAACCAAUUCCAAAAAAGCCAGUUGCUAUCAGAUAAAUUGGAAAAUAUGAUUAAUGCAAAUGGAUUGCUUACUCUGAACGGGCAGAAGGUCUUCAAAGAUACUAUCACUCUUUGCGGAAAUACACAGAGCUAUCUUUACAAGAUACAAGCUCAUCUAAAAAUUUUAUACUCAAUUGUUCCUAACGAUGAACGAGUUGAAUGUCGAACUGAAACAAAUUUAUUAAGUAAUUCGCUUGAUUUCUACUUUGGACAUCAAAUAUUUGAUUUAAAUAAUGAACCCAAAAAUCUUGAGAUUGUAGCUAAUAAGCUAGGAGUAAAUUUGGUUCAUAAUAUAUUAGUCAACUGUUGUCCUAAACUUACUUUUUAUGAUUCGUUACAAACUAUAGGUAAUGAAACAUGGGGCUGCAUUGUUCUUAAUAAGAAUUUGAAUAAUAAAGAUAUAACAGAACAGAAAAACCAAGAUCCGAAUCAAUGUGUAGCAGAUAUUUUGUUAGAAUUAAUUGAAACUAUUAAAUACUUGAAUCCAAAUGUUUCAAGAAUAUUAAAUAAGGAUCUUUAUGGUUUAUCAAAAAAUCCUGAUAUUCAACGGAUUUUAAGAAAGUCAUCAGAAUUAGAAUUUUUAGACUUAAGCGAAUUAUCAGUUGGUGAACAUACAUUAGCUUUCUUUUUGAAUCUCUGGAAUCUACUGUUUCUUCAUACGCAGUUAACUGUAUGGAUAACUAAUCCUCCUUUGAAUUCGUUAAGACAUUUUAUUUCACAAUCAUCUAUUAGCUAUCACGUUGGAGAUUUAGGGCGCAUUUCUUUAGCAAUUUUAAGAUCCAAAUUACUUGGUUGUAUGUCAUGGGAUAAUGAAUAUUUUUCAUAUACUGAAGAUCUUAACGAAGUUGCUUGGCAAGAUUUAGAUCUUGUUCAUGAUCCUCGUGUUAUAUUUGUAAUGGCAAAUGAAUUUUAUGAAACUCCAAUUAUUCAUAUUUUUUAUCCACAAUCACUUAAUAAAGAUUUAAAUUUAGGAUUACGCAAUUAUCUUGAUUAUUACUCUAGGAAAGAAUUAGAAUAUGAUGCAAAUAAUGAUAAUGCAAAUCAAACAAAGUUACUCGUAUGGCUUCCAGAUCUUGUAGAAUGUUAUGAAAAAUUUGAAACAAAAAAUAUAUCAAACGUAAAUUACGAGAAUGGAAUUCCCAUUCAGUCAUACAAAACCAUUUUUUCAUCAAGUGGUAAUUUUAGUAAAUCGGAGGAGAUUAUUUAUAAAUAUAAAAAAGUUGUCAACUCUUUUGAAAUCUUGCUCAAAUAUGAAGAAAUUAGCGUUGCAAAUCUUGAUAUAAUGAUAAAACUAAAUAUGAAUUCAAACUAUUAUAAUUCACCGCUUUGGAUGUUUAGGUCAAUAAAAUCCAAUGUUUUACAUUAUUUAGAAGGGCACUGUUGGUUACUUUCAUAUCUUGUAAAACGUGUUCAUAAAGCAAGUUCAUUUGUAUUUGAAAGUAGUUGUGAUAAUUUACAACGCACUGCUUGUUUUGAAAACAAUUCUACUGCUUUGUGGAUGCUGACUUUAGCUUCCGCUUUAUUUGAUAAUAAUAUAACGCUUGCUACUAUACAAGAAAAUUUAUCAUUAAAUGAUUUGUGGAUAUAUUUGGAUAAAUGCUUAAAGAUUGAUCAAAUUCAAAACUGCCUUGAUAUUAUAAAUGCAUUACCUAAUAGAUUAUUAGCAAGAAGUACUGAAAUCCAAUGUUUAAAAGAUAAACUUUUGUACCAGUUGAUUUAUAAAAUGAAAAUUAAUUCAAAUACAGAAAAAAUUCUGCAAUGUAUAUAUCAAAUUAAAGAUAUUAAUGUCUUGGCACAAACAAUACUUUCCAAUAUAAAUGAAUGGCCAAUUUAUUUAUGUCAGGAUGCUUUGUUUUAUAUAUUACAUCAUACUGAUAAACAUAAGCUUCCCUCACAUUGUAAAUUUAAAAUGAAUGAAACUUUAUGUAGAGUUACUGUUUUUUAUAAAAUACUACCUCACUGUAAAAAUAAAGAAUUAGAAUCUAAAAAAGCAACUUGGCAUGAUGUUAUAUACUGUACUGAGAAAACUGAUCCAGUUUACAUCAUUCAAUCACUUGUCGAGGCUAACAAGUUUGAAUUAUGUCUUGAAUGGUUGGAAUAUCAGGCAUUUUCUUUGGAGAUUCAGUCUUUAGUUACCCACGAUCUUCUUAUUGGAUUGUUGAGAAAUGAUGAAAUGGACUUUAAAAAUGCUCGAAAACUUUUAGCAGCACUUCCAAUAAGGCAAUCUAUAAAAAUGUGCAAAGGAGUUCUUAAAAAAUUAGAAUCAAUUAGAUCAAUGAGAUUCAUAAUUGAAUAUUUGCUUGAACAUUGCGAAAUUCAAAAAGCCAUUAUGUAUUAUAAAAUACAAAUAGGAAUUGAAAUCAUAGAUCAAUUAGAACAUAAAGAAAGAGUUCAUUAUAUACAAUUAAUAAAGGAACCACUUUUAAUAUUAGAACAAUUGUUAAUGAAUUGUAAAUUUGAAAAUCUUCGAAAAAUCAUCAAUAUUAUUCAAAGAUCUAAUAAUUUUUCAAAAGCUAAUAUUCCAAUUGAAAAUUUUGAUAAAAUAGUUAGAUUUUAUGCUGGAAAAUCUUUAGAUUUUAGAGUAUCCUUACAACGAGAUGGAAUAGAUUCCAAAAUAAAAGAUACAACAAAUCUCAUAUCAUCUUUAGAUAAUGAAAAUCAUAAUAGUGAAUUUAUCAUGCCAAUAAAUGUACCGACUAAAGAAAAGUGGAUUCCAAAUGAUAAGGCUAGAGAAUGCAGCUCUUGUAAAGGUGUUAUUUUUUCAAUGUUCAAUCGACGACAUCAUUGUCGGCGUUGCGGUAGAGUGGUUUGUGCUGCUUGUUCUCAGCAGCGAAUGCAAGUAUUGGGUUAUCCAAAAUCAAUGUUAGUGAGAGUCUGCGAUGAUUGUAAAAAGCAGACAACGCUUCAGAUGCAGACAGCACAGGGGACACCAUCAGCCGGGAGUAGUGUUAUACUAGAAUGUUGGAAACUAACAACCGAUGAAUCACACAAUCAAACCGUUCGCGAAGAAUUCUCCUUUGAAUAUGCUCCUAAUAUAUCGUUGUGUCUGGCAAUUCUCAAUUUACAUUCGGAUCAUAAAGCUUAUGCAAGUUUUCUUCUGGAUCGAUGUGAUGAAAUGAAAAGACUACUCCAACCAGUCACCGGAGGAAGAGUCAACCCAGAGAUCGAUCAUGCUUUAAUUAUCAAGAUGAUUCGAUCGUUAUUAGUAGCUGUUAAGGUGAAAUGUGCCAAACUUGGCUUAAACGCUGGUUUGGCUCAUUGUGAUCGUUUCCUCUCUCAAGUAGAUCUUAUUGCUACGCUUGUACAGUCUGACUGUCUUGCUCUAAUACCCUCUGAUGAUAGCCUAGAUGAACACGCUCUUAGAAAGUUACGUGACUUACUAACAGAAAAAGAACAGUGGACUUUAGCAUUGGAUGUUAGUACAAAAUCUGGUUUGGAUACUCAAGGAGUUUGGGCUGCUUGGGGAAAAGCUUGUUUAAAGGUAGGUUAUUUGGAUCGUGCAAGAACAAAAUUUUCUCAUUGUUUAGAAAAAGUAUUAUAUGAGAAUUUCGAUGAUUGGGUACUUCUUUCAUAUCCAGAUACUGAUUGUGUUGGCAAAAGUCACGAAGAUUUACUAGAAAUUCAAAAACAACGAAAAUUAGAGAUCAUUAAAAACGACUCUCCAAAUCGUAAGCGUCAACCAGUGAGAAAUCGACCAAUUAAGGACCCUCCUUUACUUUUAGAAAUACUACAAAUUUUAGAAAACCAAAGUCAAUUGAAUUCUGAUCAAUCGUUAAGCACGCCUCAAUUAAAGUCAAAUGUUGCACAAGAGAUUUUAAUUACCCUCAACAGCUUAAAAACAAUAAGCCAGGGUCAAUGUUCCUUUGUUCGUAAUUGGAACUCACAUAGUAUUUAUUAUGAAGAAAACUUAUACUAUCUUCUUACUUAUGGAAGUUUUAAUUCCAUACUUGAAUUUUUUGUUAAACACGAAGAGUUUAAUAAGUGCCUAACUUUUAUAUUAGAAAAUAAUAUCGAACCCGAGCUUUUCUUCAACUCAGUAUAUUUACGCUGUUUAAACAUGGGAAAUAUAGCUAAACUCUUUGCUGCUUUAAAGGCCGAUGAUGCCAGUCUUUUAACAUGGAAGAAGUAUCUUGUAUACACUUGCCACAGUCUGGAUAAAAAACAGCUUCUUAAUACCUUGUAUCAUUUGCAGCUAUUCAUGAAGGACUUUAUAAGGGCAGCUAUGACAUGUAUUCGUUUUUACAAAAACGAUGCAAGAAAUUAUAUCGAUUUGUCAUUUAAAUCUCAUUUUCUUAUCGAUGCUCAAAAACACUUAGAGACUGAAUUAAAUGUCGAAAACUUAAGCAAGAAAAGAAGAAAAAGUGCGUGCUCAUCCCUUAGUAAUUCACAUAACGGUCUUACAAUGGAGAUGGAACCAUCGGAGAUCGAUAAACACAUGAAUACAAUAUCCAGACAAUUAGAAAUAGUUAAGUUUUUGGGCAAUGCUGAAAGAGAAGGUCGAUUCACUGGUCCGUAUCUGAAACACUUGCUCGAUAUGGAUACAGAAAUGAUAAAUUCUGAAGAAUUACCAACAUUAUUUGGAAACCAUCAGCAAAAGACUCGCCUUGCGGUGCUAGCUAUACUAUGUGGUCGAGACGCAGAGGAAGGUUUUGGAAUCGCUUUUCGAAUAAUGCAAGAUUAUAAUUUACGACCACAGAAAUUAUAUUCUUUAGCUGGACAUGUAUUAGCUAUAGAAAAAAAAAUAGGAUCAAUAGAACAAUUAAUAAAGUGUUGUCGAAGUUCUGGUGCACCAGAUUCACAAGCUAUUUCUGAUCAAGUAUUAGCACACUGUGUUAAACUUUUAUUGCACAAUCAUCAAACUGUUUGCAAUUCGGACUUUAAAGACCACAUAGAUUCCUUAAUAAGAUUGAUUCAUGAUGUUGAACUUAAGAUAAGUUCAUACAUUGAAAGUAAACAACUAAAAGCUGCUUAUCUUCUUGCUGUCAAAUAUCAAAGAACUCAAGAUAUUAAAAAAAUUUUAAAAGAAGCGGAUAGACUUGGUCAAAAUGCUAUUAGAUCAAUAUGUACAAAAUGGUUGAAACAAGCACAAAAUUCUAUGUAAAUAAAAAAUAAUAAAUAUAGAAGAUAAAAGGAGGAAAUUAUAAACAUGUUAAUCUUACAAAAUUUUUAUUGUAUACAAGUGUUAUAGAAUACGUCGUUCUCUCGCAUUAAAUGAUAUUUAUACUUUAUUUAAGCAAGUAUAAUAAUUAUAAGUUUCACUUAAUAUUGUAUCUUAUGUUUUAAUGUCUACAAUAAUGUUAAAACAAAGUUGCAUUGUAUAUUAAUAAUAAUGAAAUCGACAAUAUUUGCACUACAAUAAAAUAACAAUUACUUGAGCAUAAUGAGAUUGUCAAAGCACAAUGAAGUGAUGUGGAACUACUAUGUAAUUAUCAAAUUUUAGUUUAGAUCUGUGAUAUGUAAUACAAGAAAUAAUAAAUGUUAGUCAUUUUAUUUGUAACAUUUUUGUAAGGUAAAAUUUUAUUGAAUUUGUGAUAAAUUUAUAUUAUCUUAUACAAGUUUAUAUAUUGGUAGAAAAUCCUGCAACACU